AUGUCCGACGCAGCUCCCGCGCCUAGGGGCUCGGACGACGCUCGUCAGGCUGGGCCCUCAGGCACUUCGAGCCAGAUCGACAACGGCGCGCAGAACGUGGCUGCUUCUUCGACGUCCGCCUCGCAUCAGCACGAAGACAUCGACUCAGCCUCUCUUGACCUCGGCCAGCCAGCGCUACCGCCUGCUGCUUUGCUACCAGCAGAUGUGCCUCCUCUACCAAGGAGACCAGCUAAUCGUCAGGAUGCCCUCAUGGACGACGCCUUGCGCUCUCUGCCACCCGCUGCAGAGCGCACCAUUCAACGCCAACGGCCCCCUGCUACCGUACGCUCCAUGUUCAACACUUCCAUCUUCAGUGCUGGCUCUUCAUCCUCACAAGCCGGUCCCUCCUCCUUCGCCUAUCCUCCACCACCUCCAACAGCUUCGACCUCAUUCCAUCGCACAGCCACCUCAGCCAGUGCCAAAAGCGCCGCAUCGAUAGGCAGCAACUCUCAGGACUCAAAUCAUCGUUCCAGAUCCAAUCCGCUCAAAGCCGCCUUCAGCAGAGUUGCCAGCUUCGCUGCCCCUUCUAGUCCAUCACCAAACAUCGCGCCAUCUUCGCCCAGGACUAGAAUUCGACCUUCUCCCGUGUUCGAACUCUCUUCGGUUCAGAGAACCAAAGAAGCACGAAGAGCCGCUCGACGAGAGGCGAGAAGGCUCGAGAAGCUAGCACGCCAGGAGCGGGAUGCCGAGCUUGACUUUGCCGAUGACGAACAAGAGCGAGCCGGCUCGCACAUGCCUCGUACAUCUCCACGAGCCGCGCAGCUUGGCGACGAGAUUGUAGAGCUUCCAGCCGAGCCUCCCUUGGACGUACCAGAAGCAAAUGCUCCCACCGCAUCGGCACUUGCCAUGGCUUCCAAAGUGGGUCGCAAGCCCAAACGCAGACUUCAAUUCGCUCCAGAUCAAAGACGCGUCCGCAAGGUCGAUCUGCCUCCCAGCUUCGAGGUUGAGGACACGUAUCGAAAUCUGGACGACUACGUCACAGCAUCUCGAGAGCGCCGUAGAACUCAACGUGGACGUCGCAGCGCCAAAGGAUCGCGCAGGGCUCGCUCACGACGCGGCUCUCGCAGCAGUCGUGCAAGUCGCAGCUCCGCCCGCAGUAGCGCAGGGUCCAGUAGCUCGAGCAGCUCUUCAUCUUCGUCAUCAUCCUCUUCGUCUUCCAGCGGCUCCUCCAGCUCUUCAAGCUCGGGUAGAGGUAUCACUAUUGCACGCCUGCGAGCCUUCUUUGGUGACAGCUCCAGCUCUUCCUCUAGCUCCGAUUCCGACGAUUCGUCCUCCGGCUCCUCUUCGUCAUCCUCGUCUUCAAACUCAUCCAGCAGCAAAUCAUCAACUACAAGCGGCGCACGCUCACGACGCUCUUCAGCACGUCGUCUCUCCUUUUCAAAUGUGCGCGGCAAGUCCCGCCGCAGCGCCAAAGCUCGUUCACGCGCCGAUCAGUCCGAAGCUAGCGAUAUACCCGGUUCACCAGUCUCGAGUCGCAAAGGUCCUUUGACGCCCUACUUUGCCCCCUUGACCGACUUCCCGCGCGGCAAAAAGGCUGCAGAGAAGCGUCAGAUCAAAAAGGCAAGGCAGGCCGCCAAGCGCGCAAAGAAGCGCGAAGCCCAGCUCAUUCGACAAGGUCGAUUGCCGCCCAAGCCCAGUCGAAGUGCUCGUGCCAAGGCUAUGCGAGCCAAGGAGCUAGCCGGUGGAGUGACACAGUAUCAACUAUUCACGCCGAUGAAGCUCCCCAUGGAUCUGGACUGCACCACGCUGUCCACCUUGGAAGCCACCCCGGAUCCACAGCAGGGCACUUCUGUCGUACUCAAGAGGACCAUGAGGACGCAGACUUGGGUUCAGGUCCGCAAUCAGCUCUACGUCAUGCGAAACUACCUUCGACAGGCCGAUGUGCAAGGCGGCGACAUGGGUCUUGCUCCCGAAGCAGCGUACCCAACGCUCCAUCGACACCAUCGCCACGCCGCCAAAGCUGCAGUCGAGAAAGCCCACCAUCGAAACAAGACCGCUCAUGAGAAGGAUGGAAAGACGUCCCAUCAUCACCGAAAGACUCCCGUUCCCGAGCCAGUUACGAAAGCACCCGAAGAAGAUGAGCUCGACCUUUUCGACGGUGACCUGGCUCUUCCUCCACCUGCCUUGGAAUUGCCCGAUGACAUGGAAGAGCACGACCUCGUCGGAAGGGGCAGCGAUCUCAGGCAUGCGUCUUCCUCUCCAAAGCACUCGUCACCGGGCGGCCAACAACCGUCUUACAUGGAUUACCAUCACAACCUUCCAGCCGACCAAGAAGAGGAAACGCGCACAGGCCGACAUCUGUCCGACAUCCCACUCAGCCCGAACUAUACCACAGCUUUCGGCAGAGAUUUUGGUCGCACUCCACGGAUCUUUUCGCAGCUGCGAGCCUCUGGAAAGAAGCGCGCUGGGAAGGACAGCGCUUCCGCCCCUCUGACCUCGGAUCCUCCGUCGGCUGGGAAAGAGGGCAGUCAAAACAGCACGACAAAAACGCCAUCGGAUGGCGACCCGAGCAAAGCGACCGCAGCGACGACCGCAGCGGAAGAUGAAGGCGCAUGGUGGCUUCACGUCCACUGCCCUACCUACAAAGACAUGCACGAGAUCUCCAAGCUCUUUCCCAUGCAUCCGCUCACAGUCGAAGAUGUGCUGCAGCAGGACCCGCGCGAAAAGGUCGACGUCUUUGAUCGACUUGGCUACUACUUUGUCGUCAUUCGAGCCAUCGAUGAGCGAUACUUCCGAUAUACGUCGACAAGCAUCAAAGGCUCACCUGGCUCACCGAGUUUCACCGGGUCUGGAUCUUCCAGUGCUACCGUCCACGGCGAGGCUGAGGCAAAGACGAAGAACGGCGAAGACAACGGACAAGACACCAAGUCUGAAAGCUUGGAGCUGCGUGACCUCGCUGACAAGACCGCGACGAGCCCUGAGGACGGACACUCGAACAAACACCAGGACGGCGGACAUAACGCACGUCUCGCAGCCCCAGCACGGCUUGGUAAAGGUCGCGUCGAGAUCGUCGAGGGUAUCGGCGGCAAAGAGGGUCUCGAGGGCGUCAGUGUUGGUGGCAACAAUCUCUACCUUCUCGUCUUUUCGCACGGCGUCAUCUCAUUCGCCUUCGAAGACGUCAGCAAGCACAUCGAUCGCGUCGCCGCCCGUCUCUUGGAGAUCACGCGUCCCGUCGAGCUGACAGCCGACUGGAUCGCGCACGAUCUCUACGACUCGGUGGUCGACGCCUUCUUCCCGCUCAUCUCGUUUGUGCAGUCGGAAGUCGUCGAGGUAGAAGAUUUGGCGAGCGUGCCGGUCAGCAGCUCGACCAGCCGCAAGAAAAAGACCAGCUUCGCGCCCAAGCAGCGACGUCAACGAGCGUUGCUCGGCUCCAAUCCUCAGGGCCGACUCAUCAGUGUCGAGCCUGUCUCAGCCAUGUCGUCACCCACGGUGUCUGAGGUGGAGAAGCGGACGCCGAUGCUGGAAGUGCGUCGACUCAAGACGAUCCGUGCGUUGCGACCGCUGCCGAUCCUGCCUCUGGGCGACGGAAUUCUCAAUCGCCUCCCCGACUUCCUCGUCAAGCAAAAGCAAAAAGUGACCAUCUCACGCCUACCCGAGUGGGAGUUCAAAGACACGCUCGAGGCCGAGAUGCGACGUACGGCAGCCGAGAUCGACGAGGCGAGCAACUCCGUGUUCGACACGCAGGCCGCCGCAGACCAGAGCAUCAUGCUGCACCGCAUUGCCGACACGCGCAAGAUCGUCACUGGUCUUUCGCGUCUGCUCGGACCCAAGAACGACGCGGUCAAGGGUCUUCGAAAACGACUUGCCGACAUGCAGCAGCUGCAGCGGCGAGAAGAAGCGUUGAUUGGCGGCAACUCGCGCAGCACCCUCGCCCGAACCGAGGUGAGCAUGUACAUGUCCGAUGUGCACGACCACAUCAUCUCGAUGCUCAACCAGCUCAAUUCGGGCGAAGGCCGCUUGUCCGAGAUCCACCACACCUACCUCGCUCAGAUCACCAUCGAGAACAGAAAGUUCCGGCAGGGGGCGGAUACGGCGAUCCUGACGCUCGCGAGCGUCGCGACGACCGUACUGAUCAUCGUGUUCAUCACGUCGAUCUUUUCGCUCAAUGUGGCGCGACCGGGGAACGAGCUGGAGAGCGAUCAGCACGCGUGGUUUGGCGGCAUCGUCUUUGUCGCCGUCUGCGUGCCGUUUGUGCUGUGGAGGUACGUCAAGUGGCUGUACAAGGAGAGCAAGAGCCGUGUUGCCCGGGUCAAGGCGGCUCGUUGA